AUGUAUCACCUAGCCAAGGGUUUAUACCUCUUAGCCACCAGCAAAGAAGAGUACUCCGUUAUCCUCCUCGGCCUCGACAAUGCCGGAAAGACAACCUUCCACGAACAAGUCAAGCACUUCUUCCUCGAGUCGCAUCCGGACCCAAAACUCAAGACCGUGCCGACGGUGGGACAGAACGUCUCGACGAUAUCUCUGCCAGACAUGUACCUGAAGAUAUGGGACGUGGGCGGACAGCACUCGCUGCGCCGCCUGUGGCAGAGCUACUACGCCUCGGCGCAUGCCAUCGUCUUCAUCAUCGACUCGACCGACAUUGGCGACGGGAACCUCGAGCACGACAGCUCGGGGCGGCUGGACGAGUGCCGCCUGGUGCUGGAGGACGUGCUGCAGCAUUCCGAGACGGAGGGCGUGCCUGUUCUGGUGCUGGCCAACAAGCAGGACCGCGAGGACUGCGUCGAGGUCGUCAGGAUCAAGGAGGGGUUGGUGAAGAAGGUGUUUGAGGGCGAGAAGGCGAGCAGUAUCCGCGACUCGAGGGUGCUUCCUGUCAGUGCGCUGACGGGGACGGGUGUCAAGGAGGCGGUCGAGUGGGUGAGGUCACGGGUGAAGUGGAACAAGGAAUCGAGGCCGCCGGUGAUGCGACUGGCGUCGCUGGAGUUGGAGGCUCGAAGCUAG